AUGGCAGAAAUCUCCGUGCACCCGUCGACAUGGCCCCUCUACGUCUGGCUCUCGCUCCUGAUCGCCCUGCCAGCAGUCACGCUCCUCUAUGAUGCCGUGACCUGGUUUCGCAUGCCACCUGGCCCUACUCCUCUUCCCUUCAUCGGCAACAAGCUGCAGCUCCCCAAGUCAAAGCCAUGGGUGCAGUUCCAAGAGUGGUCCAAGAAGUACGGCCCAAUCUACACCAUCUGGAUCGGCCGCCGGCCCACCGUCAUCAUCUCAGACCCGGCCAUCGCCACGGAGCUCCUCGAGACCAGGAGCAGCAAGUACUCCAGCCGUCCCCGCAUGGUGGCGAUGGGCGAGCUGCUGUGGGACGGCGCUAGCAUUCUCGUGAAACCCUACGGCAAAGAGUGGAGCGUCCGCCGGAGACUCCUGCACCUCGCUCUCACGCCGAAGGCAUUGAGGCUCUACAAGCCGGUGCAGGAGGCUGAGGCAGUUCGGCUCGCAUGUGGGCUUCUGAGUCGCCCGAAUGACUAUGUAAAGCUCAUCGAGACGUUCACAUCGAGCGUGGUGUUUUGCGUGGCGUACGGGCAUCGGAUCGACUCGCUGAAUGCCAGGGUCAUCGGCCAGAGGUUCGAGUUCAUGCAUUACUCUGCUUCGCUCAAUGUGCCCGGCAAGUAUCUGGUCGAGACUAUUCCAGCGCUGAAGCAUGUGCCUGAUUUCCUCGCGCCAUGGAAGAAGGAUAUCAAGAAGCACGGGCUGAAGGAGGCUGCUGCGAAUAUGGACCUGGUCGAUGUGGUGAGAGGGGACAUCGCCAGAGCCGAGAAGGAAUCUUCGAAAGAGAAGCUGCCAGACUCACUCUGCAAAAUAUUGCUGGAAAUGCGGGAGACGGAGAAUAUUCCUCUGUCCGAUCGCGACUUCUCCUUCGUUCCGGCUUCCCUGUUCGGUGCUGGGUCAGACACCACAGCAUCAACAAUGUGUACGGCUUUCCUGGCCCUGAUUACCCACCCGGAAACCCUCGAGGCCACGCAGGCCGAGCUGGACGCUGUCAUUGGCCCCGAUCGGACACCGACGUUUGACGAUGAGGCGAGCCUCCCUUAUAUCAGAGCGUUGGUCAAGGAGGUCCUGCGAUGGAGGCCGGUUGCUGUGCUGGGCGGCACACCCCAUGCGUCGACCGAGGAUGACCACUAUGAAGGCUACUAUAUCCCAGCUGGAACAACUGUGCUUGGCAACUCGUGGGCAAUCAACCUCAACGAGGAGUACUACCCAAACCCCCACCAUUUCAACCCACUUCGUUUCCUGGACGGGAACAUCGCCGCGAGAGUCAAGCAAGCUCCCACGACCACCUUCCACACAGGCGAGAAGCAGGACCUCGAGCUUGGCGGAAGAGCCCAUCCCUCCAAGAGCGGACACUCGUCAUUUGGCUGGGGUCGACGCAUAUGUCCAGGGGCAAACCUGGCGGCGAACUCACUAUACAUCGCAUUGGCUAAGCUGCUCUGGGCGUACGAUAUCAAACCGAUUCCCGGUCGCACUUAUGACACGUUCAAGUACACGGAGGGGUUCAACAUCCGGCCUCAGCCGUUUGAAUGUAUUAUCCGCAUCAGGAGUGAUAAGCACAAGAUGGUAUUGGAAGGGGAGAUGGAGCAUGCUGAGACGUACUUGGAGAAGUUCACGCCGUUUGAUCUCGAUCUAGAGAAUCUUUGUCGCCGGGCAAUUGCCGAUCCUCACUCGAUCACGCGUGCUGAAUACAACAUCAUCUGGCAAUGGCCGUCGCCCGAUGAAGAAGACCGGAUUUGUGUCGAGAAAACGGGGCAUACACGCGCUGAGCUCGUCGCAAAGGCACUAGCUACCCCGGAUGACCUGACACGCGAUGAAGCGAUGGUCCUUCACCAUCCACGGGGCGUGCAUUUCGAAACACAGAGCAGCUUAUUCGACUCGCCCGGAGCCUACCAAACGCAAUUAUCUCAGCUGGAACAGCUGCGCGACCAUGCGACGGGCGUCCUCAGGGGGGCCGCGAGCGAGGACGCGAAAAGGGCCGUAAUGAAUGCCUGCGACAGGCGGAAUGCCAUAGACCAGGCCGAGAUCGACGAGCUCCAGCGGCGGUGGGACGAGUGGGAGGCCGCACGUCGGCUGGCACGCGGCACGGCUUGGAUUAAGGACCUAAUCAAGAACGGGCUCCUGGACGCCGAAUGCUGGGGUUUCGUAGUCUUCCGCACAGGUUGCUACGGAAGCCAGCAGGGUGAUGAAGCCUGGCAGAGGUUCCGCGAGUACUUUGAUAGCGCGGCCAAAGCAAGCAUACUGCACUGGAACAGCGGUCCGCUGCUGUGGCCCAAAUCUUCUGCUGUCUUUGUCGAGAGGGAGGAGCUGAAUGGAGCUUCACACGAGCGGUUGCGCAUGGAGUUCAACAGGAUGCGUGACGGCCACGCAGGUGCAGAACAGCAGCUUCCCAAGGGUAUACGGACCAGCUGCUUUCUUGUGGCCGACAAGGCAGCGAUUGAGAGUGAUGUCGUCAGAACCGGGUUCAUUGUCAGGGACGAACUAGAUUUUGACCCUCACGAGGAUGGCCCAGUGCUCUAUCUCCGCGCGGUACACCCUGACUUUCAACUCGACAAGCACUCAUCCAAGGCUCAGGCUGGUGCUGAGUCCGUCUCAUCCCACGGCCUACCGGAACAAGACGACGGGAUGGAAGGGUUCACGGGUGAGGUCACAGUCGCCUUGCCGCGUGUGUUCGAUUGGCUGAAUGGUGUCUGUUUCGAGUCCGAGUGCGGGAAGACUUGGAAAGGCCAUCCAUUAGGCAAAGGCUGGUAUGAUAUCUACACGCAGACAAAGGUUCCGGAGGAAUGGACAAGAGACUAUGCGCCGAAUUCCGGCCGUGUAUCCUUCAAAUUACGACCUGGAAGAACAGUGUUCUAA